AUGGCACCCCGUCUCUUGAACAAAGUAUGCAUCAUCACCGGUACUGGAGGCAGCAUGGGCCAAUUCUCACAAGAGGGAGCCAUCAUUGUCGGAUGUGACAUCAAUAUUACAAACGACGUAGCAACCGUCGAUGCUGUCCGAACCGCAGGCGGCGAGAUGAUAUCCUUAUGUCCCUGCGAUAUCACAAAACGUGAAAACUGCAAGAAACUGGUAAACAAAGGCAUCAAAACAUACGGCCGAAUCGACGUCCUCUACAACAACGCCAGCAUGGCCUACUUUGACUGGAUGAACGAGAUCAGAGACGAAGACUGGUACAAAACCAUCAACGAAGAGCUGAAUCUCAUCUACCUUCUCACCCGGGUUGCGUGGCCUCAUCUUCAAAAGUCCCGUGCAUCCAUCGUCAACGUCGGCUCAAUCAGCGGCGACGUCGCAGUCGCUCCCUUACCGGCCGUCGCACAUUCAGCAGCCAAAGGAGGCGUUAUUGCCAUGACGCGCCAGCUGGCCAUGGAAGGGCAUGAACAUGGCAUCCGGGCUAACACUAUCUCUCCUGGUGUGAUUGAGACGUAA